GGAAGCCUGUGGGUUCCAGGGUUCCUUUACCAAUUUAUGAUAUCCAAUUUCAUAUGGUAUCAGAGCCUGGUUCCAUUUUCUAGGGUUUCAUUCCCACUAGAAUCACAUUUUUCUUCUUUCAUUUUCUUCCGCAUUAAACCUUCGUUCCUACAACAAUGGCAACUGAAGCUGCGUACUAGGUCGUCUAGCUCUACAGUAGAUAUGACUUCUACCAACAUUGUCACAAAUCCCUUCUACAUAAACCCUAAUGAAUCUCUAAACUUUACAAUCAAGCUUUCAGAUACCACCAACUACAAUAUGUGGAGUAUAACGGUGAGAGUUGAACUGAAGAGCAAGAACAAGCUUAGUUUCAUUAUUAGAUCGAUUCCUGUUCCAAAUCUUGGACAUGAGAGCUAUCAAGCAUGGGAACAAAGCAACACGGUUGUCUAUUUCAUGAUUCUUGCGUCCCUGGAUCCCAGCUUGGUGAAUAGCGUGUCCUCCCAUGACAAUGCUAAACUUCUCUAGGAUGAUAUGAGCCAGAGGUAUGGAAAAGCAGACAACAUCCGUAUCAGUGACCUACAUAUAUCUAUUUACACCUUGAAACAAGAUAACAAGUCGGUAACUCAAUUUUAUUCUGAGUUGAAAGGGCAUUAGGAAGAGCUGACCCAAUUUCUGCCAAUCCCUAAUUGGAUGUGUGGAGGAGAUAAGGGAAAUAGAGAUGUCACUUGUAUUACUAAGACUACUGUUAGGAAGUAUCGUGAGAAUGAAUUCGUGACUAGAUUUAUUAUUGGAUUGAAUGAGUCGUAUGCCGCCCAUAGAAACUGCUUUCCAUUAUGCAAUUCAGGAUGAAAGGUAGUUUGGAAGACCAAGCCAAGACUCUCAAGUGGAAUCUGUUGCAUUAAUGGUUGGAAACCAGUCAAAGGGAAAAGAGGCGGCUAUGGGUGUUUAGGGUGGUCCUUUGUUUUGUCGAUAUUGCAAGAAAGACAACCAUGUGAUUGCUGAUUGUUAAAAGCUAAAGAGGAAGAACAAAGAGAAUGGGUCAUCUUAUGGUUUUGCAGGACAAAUCCAAGGAAAAGACAAUACUGGAGGAGAAAUCAUGUCUAAACCAGAAACCAAGCUGGCUAACUCUCGUAUAGCCAAUCUCCUACUACCGAAUGAAGAGGCUCUAACAACCUAAUCAGAUUCUAUCUAUCCCAGGUUGCAGCAAAUCAAGGAAAGCUGAUCAGACUUCAAUCAAUUCAAUAAAACAUGCAUCGUUCGAUUAAAACCAAACAGUAUAAUCAUCCCAAGUCAUUACAAUCAAAUCCCUAACACAUGGAACUAGGGUUCUUCAUACCCAAGUGAGAGAAGGGUUCUACUCCAUAGAGAGAGAGAGAGAGAGAGAGAGAGAGAGAGGAAAACAGAAUACAAAGCAGUCAUACUCAUAACAAUGGGAAGAAUCUGCUCUGGGAUGAUGAUUUCCACUCCUAUGACGAACUCCAAGCUCGAUUUGAUGAAACCUAGCUCCAAGAUUGCUUCUAAGAUGUGUUCUUCACACUUUCUCUCUCUAGGGCUCUGUUUUUGCUCUCCCAAAUCGAUUCUCUCACUUGUGGCCCGAAAUUGGGUAAAAACCAUAAAAUCCCGAUCACACGGGCAGGCCACACGGCCGUGUGGCAUACCCAGAUGCCCAUGUGAGAUACAAAAUGCCGUGUGGGUUUUAUUUGUACCCGUGUGGCUUUCUCAGCGACUCGCCACACGUCCGAUCUUCGUCCAAUCGACCCCGAACUCGCUCCCAAACCUUCAUUCAUGUACUAGGACCUGAAAUAUCACAAACAAGCACAACCUAGCGUGAAAUCGGCCUAAAACACGAGAAUCAACACCUCAAACGGCUCCAGAAUAGGGGUAAAAACAUGUGUAAUUAACGGUUUAUCAAACUCCCCCACACUUAACCGUUUGCUUGUCCCCAAGCAAACCAAGUCAGACACAAGGUAAGCUCACAUAUUUCAAUCAUACCAACAUUGGGGACAAAUCAUAUAGGCACAGAACACGUGAAUUAUACUGGCUUUCAAACAUCAACACAUGAACAACCUCAAUAGCAACCUGGACAACCACCACAGAAGACAUUCGAGUGCAACAAAAUCGAGUAAAGGAGGAGUCUCCCUUUUUUCAUCAACCAACCUAGACUUGACUCAACCACUUACUCAAGACAGUCAACUCAUGCAUCAAACUCAAGAAAUCAGAAUCAAGACC